AAAAUAAAUAAAUAUAUGAGGAGAGAGAGAGAGAGAGAGCAUUGUGUUGACGGGUCCGUCCGAUUGUAGAAGAGAAGAUGGAGAACUCGGCGAUUUUGAGAGAGUGGUUCGAGCGGGUUGACACCGACAAAAUCGGUAGUAUCACUGCAAUCCAACUGAAGAGUGCUUUUGCAAUUGGAAAUUUACAAUUUCCUAUCACUGUUGUCCAGCAAAUGAUCAGGAUGUGCGAUUUUGAUCAGAAUGGAACCAUGAGUUUUGAAGAGUUUGUUGAACUUAACAAGUUUCUGCUGAAGGUGCAACAUGUGUUCUCAGACUUGGAGAGGGGUCGUGGAUUCCUUGUCCCAGAUGAUGUUUACAAGGCCUUGAUAAAAAUUGGAUUCCGCCUCGACUCUCCAGCACUAUACACUGUCUGCGAGAGUUUUGAUAAGAAUAAGAAUGGAAAAUUCAGGCUUGAUGACUUCAUAUCUCUUUGUAUCUUUGUACAGUCUGCACGGAACCUUUUUGAUUCAUUUGACGCAACCAAGCAAGGGCGAGUGACUCUUGAUAUUAACCAAUUUAUCUACUGCACUGCCAAUUGUCGAAUCUGAGGUCGUUGUCUCACUAUCCAGUUUCCAACUGCUGCUAUAAUAGCAUUGAGUAAGAUGCUUUGUACGAUUUCUGUAAAAUGCAAUGAUUUGAAAAGAGUUGUUAGCGGUGAAUGGUUGGAGGGAGCACUAAGGAGUCAUUUGGUUGUGUGUACAAGUUAUAUC